UGCUCUCUUUUGUUCUUUAUGCUAUUGGAGUGUACUGAUCCUUGUAGGCGGCAACCAGUUGAAGUUGAAGGCGAAUUUACAACAUAAAUGCAUUGAACAGAGCAGGCAUUUUUCUGGUUUAUGAACAACCAUGGCAGAAGAAGACAUCUACACUAAAGAUGGAACAACUGAUUUCCGUAGCAAUCCUUCAGUCAAGAAGGAAACAGGAACCUGGAAAGCGUGUCCCUAUAUCCUUGGAAAUGAAUGUUGUGAGAGAUUGGCAUACUAUGGGAUUAACACAAAUCUAGUCAAUUAUCUCAAAUUUCAACUGAACCAGCGCAAUGUUGUGGCUAUCAAUAAUGUUACUAAUUGGUCUGGAACAUGUUAUGUCACUCCACUCCUUGGAGCCUUUCUAGCAGAUGCAUACUUGGGAAGAUAUUGGACAAUUGCUGGUUUCUCCAUCAUCUAUGUCUUUGGGAUGACAUUGUUAACACUGUCAGCAUCUGCGCAUGGGUUGAAACCACUCUGUGAUGGACAAAACGUUUGCUAUCCAACAGGGUUACAGACUGCAGUGUUCUUUGUAGGACUUUACCUGAUAGCGCUGGGGACUGGAGGGAUUAAGCCUUGUGUCUCGUCCUUUGGCGCUGAUCAAUUUGAUGACUCUGAUGAGACUGAGAGGAAAAGCAAGAGUUCUUUCUUCAAUUGGUUCUAUUUUUCAAUCAACAUUGGCGCCCUUCUUGCUUCCUCUGUGCUGGUAUGGGUACAAACCAAUGUGGGUUGGGGUUGGGGUUUUGGGAUCCCUGCUGUGGCCAUGGGAAUAGCUGUUAUGAGUUUCUUCUCAGGCACCCGAUUGUACCGAAACCAAAAGCCAGGUGGGAGUCCCUUGACACGCAUCUGCCAGGUGAUAGUUGCAUCCUUGAGGAAAUUUCAAGUAGAGGUGCCUGCUGAUAAGUCUCUACUCUAUGAGACUGCAGACAGUGAAUCUGCUGUCACAGGAAGCCGCAAGCUUGAUCACACAAAGCACUUAAGUUUCUUUGAUAAGGCAGCCGUGGAGACACACAUUGAUGCGAUAAAAGGAUCAGUAGAUUCCUGGAGACUCUGCACUGUGACCCAGGUUGAGGAACUCAAAUCAAUAAUGAGGUUGCUGCCCAUUUGGGCCACUGGCAUCGUGUUUUCGGCAGUGUACAGUCAGAUGGGCACCCUAUUUGUCCUCCAAGGCAACACUAUGGACCUUCGCGUUACCGGCUCCUUCCAGAUUCCGUCAGCCUCUCUCUCACUCUUCGACACCAUCAGCGUGAUCUUCUGGGUCCCCAUCUAUGACCGUUUGAUAGUACCUUUUGCCAGGAAAUUCACAGGCCACAAAAGCGGUUUCACCCAACUUCAACGGAUAGCAAUUGGCCUGGUUAUCUCCAUAUUUGCCAUGUUAAUUGCCGGUACUUUGGAGCUCCUGAGACUGCGCAUGGUGAGGGAACACAACUACUACGAGCUCAAGCACAUCCCCAUGUCAAUAUUUUGGCAAGUCCCACAGUACUUCAUCAUAGGUUGCGCAGAAGUUUUCACCUUCAUUGGACAGUUGGAAUUCUUCUAUGAGCAGGCCCCCGAUGCCAUGAGGAGCCUGUGCUCAGCUCUUUCCCUCACAACUGCUGCACUUGGCAACUACUUGAGUACGCUGCUUGUCAACGUUGUUACAGAUGUGAGCACUAGGGGUGGAAAGCCUGGGUGGAUACCAGACAACUUGAAUUACGGUCAUCUUCACUACUUUUUCUGGCUUCUGGCUUCCUUGAGUGUGUUCAACUUGGGAGUAUAUCUCCAGGUUGCUAGGUGGUACACCUACAAGAGGACAGCGGUAGACUCCCUCUGAUGCGGUCCAUCUGCUCGAUCAUCUUUUCCAUCGGUUUAGCAAGUUGUUUGCCUUCACUUUUCGAUUUGAAUAUUUGGUUUAAUUACUUAAACCAAACGUAUUAAUUCCUGUUACAACUUCAACAAUGCAAAAUUACAUAAUUCUGCAAUUCUCUA